AUGAAAACACUGUUUGUUUCCGGAACCGAUACUGAAGUCGGCAAGACCUGGGUGUCGUGUCGGAUCCUCACAGAGCUGCGUGAACACGGUCAUCGGGUGGGUGCGUGGAAACCGGUCUGUAGUGGCGCGGUCGAGCGGGAUGGCCAGCUGGUCUGGGAAGAUGUGCAGUGUCUGCUGCAGGCGAUUGGCGGCGAUGAGGCCGAUACAGAGCUGCAGAAACGAGUUUGUCCUCAACGAUUCACCGCGCCUCUGGCGCCCAACAUUGCGGCUCGCCUGGAAGGGGACCGGGUGCUGGAUGACGUGCUGAACGCCGGUCUGGUUCACUGGAAGGAUCAGGCUGACUAUGUUCUGGUGGAAGGUGCCGGCGGAUUGCUGAGUCCCACGUCGGAUCAGCUGCUGGUGGCUGAUCUCGUCCGACAGCUGAACUGCCCGCUGCUGCUGGUGGCUGCCAACCGGCUGGGAGUCAUCCACCAGACACUGGCUACCGUUGAAGUGGCCCUGGCUCGUAGACUGCAGGUCGUCGGGCUGGUGCUCAAUCAGGUGGAUCCUGAUCUGGAUCCCACGCUGGCUGAGUCGAAUGUCAGUGAGCUGCGCCGUCUGCUGCCGAGGCUGACAAUCGUUCCCAGCGGAUUCAACCAGCCGCUGGAUAGUACGGCACAGGAUGUUGAGUUCAUCGACUGGUUCGGCUAA